AUGCGCAAAGAUGAGGUUGAUCCAGGCUGGGACAUCAAGGUGGGUUUGUGGACAGCUGGGGUGGACGGGUGGUACGGUGGUCAAUGCAGUGGAGUGACUGAGUGGCAGGGGCGUUACCAGUCGAUCCAGGAAAACUUGGGUCUGGCGCAGGAACUGACUCAUGAGGAGCUGGAGGAGGAGAGGAGGCAGCUGGAUCAGAAGCAGGCCCAGGAACGGGAGAGGCAGGCCAGGAGCCGGGCCGAGCAGAUCCAGAAAGACAGGAUCCAGCAGCAGCAGAGAGAAGCAGAACAGCGACAGAAGGAGGAGCAGCAGAGACAGAACCAGGUGGAAACCAGUAAAAAGGUGACGGGAAUCAACGCGGCUGCUUCCGUCCAGAAAGCCAACGUGAGUCUCACAAACAUAUAUAAUUACCUGAUUUUUGUCAUCAGUUUUCAUCAUUUCAGUGUUUCUGGCGUUUUCUCGUUUGACUUCCUGGUCAGCACUACAUUACCCAUAAGCCUCAGCCGCUGUUGCCACGGUGACGAAUCCAAAACAACCACAAAGCAGAGAAUAGAUUAAUCUAAGCAGUC